AUGGCGCCAGCCUUUGGAACAGGCGCCGAGUUGCCCCUGUCCCUGGACAAGUUUCGGGACAUGGUGGCCGGUCGCGGGUUUUCUAUGGAGCCCCAAGACGAGCUUGACUACCUCGCAAUCAUUCGUGAUUUGGAGAAGGAUGUGAAGCAAGUCCUUUCGCUUCCAGAGUACUUUGACCCCCGCCUGACUCCCGUAUCAGGGUCAGAGGAGUUUCGGGCCUUCGCCAGGCCGGAGCCGAGUGAGAAUCCGCUCAAUGCAUGGAGUCACAAGUUCCAUCUUCAUAGUCCCAUCGCUGGCGAUGACGGGCUGCUAGCUCAUCGGUCGAUCUCUGUCAAGGACACAAUAAGCGUCGCUGGAAUCCCAAUGACAUGCGGUACGCAAUCGUUCCAUCUCUCCAGCGACAAGCCGUACCCCGUGCCCGACAUCGACGCACCUGUCGUCGCCCGGGUUUUGGAGGCAGGUGGUGUGAUCAAAGGAACAGCGACAUGCGAAAACUACUGCGUGUCUCUGGCUUCCUUCACGAGCGCCACUGGUCCUGUCGAUAAUCCGUGGCUGAAGGGCCACUCGGCCGGUGGAAGCAGCAGCGGGUGCGCAGCCCUCGUCGCCGUGCAAGUGGUCCGACGAUGGAGGGAGAGGAAGGGCUUGCCCACCGAUGACCUCGGCGAGGGCGUUGAUCUCGCCGUCGGGACUGAUCAGGCGGGUAGCAUACGGACGCCGGCGGGUUACUGCGGAAUUUACGGCCUCAAGCCGACACAUGGCCUCGUGCCGUAUACUGGGAUAGCAGGACUCCACCCUAUGAUCGAUUUUGCCGGCCCCAUGGCCGCCUCGAUACAGGAUACCGCGAUUCUCCUUGGCGCCCUAGCGGGAUACGAUGGGAUAGACCACCGCAUGACACCCGAGACACCGUUGCGCGCCAAUGUUCCUAAAUACCAUGACAUCCUCGACGCGGCGAUAUCCUCAAGGUCCAAGGCUGGAGAAUGGACCGCGAGCACUGCAGCCAAAGGGCUGCGCGUAGGUGUGCUGAAGGAGGCCUUUGAGGUGUUCAAGAUGGACGCAGAGGUUGAAAAGGUCAUACGAGACGCGGCCGCAAGAUUCGCCCAGCUCGGCGCCGUCGUGGACGAGGUCUCCAUCCCACUCCAUGCUGUGGGUAGGGCGAUUUGGGUCACGACAAACAGAGGCCACAUGGCCGACACGUUACUCGGCAACAAACCCAGCGAAUUGCUCUCGCAUCCGAUGCCGAAUCUGAGCGCGCCCAAGCCCGACCAGAAGUGGUUCGACACCAUGACCAAGUCCAAUCCCGCAGUCGUCAACACGCUGCUCUUUGGCUCCUACUUCUCAGAGCUCCCGCAUAGCGUCAGGGCAAAAUCGAUGAUGCACGUGCACCAGCUUCGUGCCGCGUACGACGACGCCUUGGACAAGUACGACGUUCUACUCACGCCUGUGACGGCCACCGUGGCACCACCUCACGCGCCCGCAGACGACAGCGCGUUCGUCAGAUACUAUGCCGCAGUCGGGCACGGCGCCAACACGUCGCCAUUCAACAUCACUGGACACCCCGCGCUCUCCAUGCCGGUGGGUUGGGGUACCGCAAAGGAUGGGGAGAGCAAGCUCCCCGUUGCCAUGCAGCUUGUGGGCAGGAGGUGGGACGAGUCUGGCAUCUUGCUCGCGGCGGCUGCGUGGGAGGUUGGGGGGCAUGGGCUGGACGAAUGA